AUGGCACUUGUUACAAUUCGUCGUUCUCCGAGUGUGCAAACACCUAGGAAAACGGAUGAGGCCGAGAAAGCAAGUGAUAAUAUUGAAGACGAUGUUGGGAACCGCAUCAGCAAGAGUCUCAAUGAGUGCUACUUCGCGAAUAAGGGUGCAGCAGUGGUGCUGGGAAGUGCAGAGCGUGGCUGUACGAACCCGUGGCGAUCGCCAGCGCGCGCGUUCCCUCAGCCCGACAUACAACAUCACUUGCAGUCCAUGUUCUACUUGCUGCGCCCCGAGGAAACGCUCAAAAUGGCGGUGAAACUGGAGAGCGCUCACGCAGGUCGCACCAGGUACCUGGUAGUGGUUUGUCGCAGCAACGAGGCGGCGUUGCUCGGCAUCGAUUGCAAUGAGCGCACCUCGGUCGGACUCGUGCUGCGCGUACUUGCUGAUACUUCUAUUAAGUUGGAUGGCGAUGGAGGAUUCAGUGUAUGUGUGUGCAAUCAACAACACAUAUUCAAGCCGGUAUCCGUACAGGCCAUGUGGUCAGCGUUACAAACUCUCCAUCGUGCGAGUGCACAGGCCCGGGAGAUGAACCACUUCGCGGGCGGCACGUCGCACUCGUGGUGUUCGUUCUAUGAGAGCCACGUGGACUCGGACCGCUCUUGUCUCAACGAGUGGCAUGCUAUGGACUGCAUCGAGUCCCGCCGCCCACCUUCUCCCGAUUCACUCAGACUCAAACCUCGAGAAAGGGACGAGACUGAACGUGUGAUACGCUGCACACUCAAAGAGAUCAUGAUGAGCGUGGAUCUGGAUGAGGUGACGAGUAAAGCCAUUAGAGGGCGGCUCGAGGAGGAACUAGACAUGGACCUCGCCGAAUACAAGUCCUUCAUCGACCAGGAGAUGCUCACCAUAUUGGGACAGAUGGACGCACCCACUGAGAUCUUCGAUCACGUUUAUCUCGGCUCCGAAUGGAACGCCAGCAAUCUAGAAGAGCUACAACGCAAUGGGGUGAGGCACAUAUUGAAUGUAACAAGAGAGAUCGAUAAUUUCUUUCCCGGUAUGUUUGACUAUCUAAACAUAAGAGUUUACGACGAUGAGAAGACUGACCUUUUAAAACACUGGGAUAACACAUACAAAUAUAUAAACAAAGCAAGAAACGAAGGGUCGAAAGUUCUUGUUCACUGCAAAAUGGGAAUUAGUAGAUCGGCAUCUGUAGUGAUUGCAUACGCCAUGAAAGCGUUCAAUUGGAAUUUUGAGAAGGCUCUCAAACAUGUUAAAGCAAAAAGGAGUUGCAUUAAACCGAAUACAAAUUUUUUAAACCAACUUGAGACUUACCAAGGUAUACUCGAUGCUAUGAAAAAUAAGGAAAAGUUACAGCGAUCUAAAUCAGAGACUAACCUGAAAUCUCCAAAAAAUAUUUCCAAAACGGAAAGCAAAGUGAUGGAGCCGACGCCGCUGGUGCUGGCGCUGACGGGCUCGUACUCGGGCCGGCCGCGGUCCUGGUCGCCCGACACCAAGGCCGCCGCCGAGCUACUGCCGCCGCCGCAGCCCACCUCCGUCUCGCUCGAGAACCUGCCGUUCGAGACCCGCCAUAUGCUCAUGCCUUGCGCUAACGGCAGUUACAGUGUCUCACCGAAUCAAAUCAUGAGGUUGAAAGAAGAGGGAGCACCGUCAGUCAAACAUAUAGUCAAUGAAAUAGAGAAUGCUGCGUCGAGCGACCGAAAAGAUUUUAAUAAAAGAUAUCAGAGGUUAAAUUUUGGUACCCAAAAUGAAUCCCAAAAUAGUAAAACGCUCGAGGCUCCCGCAACCGCGAUAAAUCAAGCAGAGACACCGAAUAAGCCACCGCAAGUCUCGCCUUCUAAAAAUCUAAGUCACAAAUAUGCGCAGUCGAACUUCGAAGUGGAUAAAAUACAUACUUGGGAUCCUGGGGAGGCAUCGUGGCCGAAAGGCGACGAGACUAGAACAAUUAGCAAUAGUGAUAAUAUAGUGAAAAGUGACAGUGGAAUUAUAGACGUAAAGACCAAUAAAGUGACAACUAGUGACACUCUUGCAAAUUCUGUAGAACGUUCAAAUUUAGAUAGCGACGAUAGGAGAGCCGUCGACGACGACGCACCACCGCCGAGCAGACAAAGCUCGUGGAGCUCGUUCGAUAGCGCAGUCGUAUUGGAUCUCUCGCGACACUCCUCGUGGGGCUCUUACGAUACUAGGGCUCCCAAGCCGCAGGUACCGCGGGACGAACCCAAGCGGCCCAAGGAACGUAACGACGAGCGAGCUCGUAAGGAUGACAGCGAUAAGGUCCCCGAGCCCGGACUCGCUCCUCAGAAGUCCGACCUUGGCAUCAUCAGCGAGCACAACGAGGCGCGCAGCAGCGGGCGGCGCGCUGACAACGUGCGGAAGUUUAAUGAAACCUGUGCCAUACUCAAGGAGCUUGCCUCCGCCGCCGCACGCAUGGAGCGCGCGCGCGACCGCGGCGCGUCCACGUGGAGCGGCCGUCUGUCCGCGCCCGACACGUGGCUGCGCGCCGGCCUGCGCCGCCGCCGCGCCGCCUGCGCCUCGCACGGAGAUUUGCCGCGCGCCGCCCCUGCCGCGCCCGAGCCCGCCGAACCUGCCGCGGGCCUCGUUAGCAACCUUAAGAAAGAGUUUGAGGCACGCUCUGAGAUCGACACGCUUCGCCGCGUCGAUUCGCGUCGUUCCACUCCCUCCGAGGGUCGUGAUCGGCCGCCCGCCUCUCCACCCUCGGGCGAAGACCUGUCGGUGAAGGUGCUGGUGAAUCGCUACGACCGACCGGGUCGGGCGCGCUGUGAGUCGAGUUGCGAGACGAGGCGUAGUCGCGCGUCCGAGUCUGUAUCGAAGAAGUGCAAGCUGGCGGCGGACGGCGAGGUCCGGGCGCGGUCUGCGCUGCGCAACUCGUUCUGCGGCGCGGUGCGGGGGGCGGCGGAGCGACCUCCCCCGGCUCCGACGGUAGUGUCGCUGGCUCCUAUCGACUACAGCGAAAUGGUGGUAUCAACUGUGAUGUCGAAAGCUCAAACUAAAAAACAAUUGCAACAUGGGAAGACCCAUCCGUUGACGAGGCUCAACUUGAAUCGGUCGAAUAAUAGAUGUUCAAAUCCUGUAUAUAAUACUAUGUAG